GUCUCCUCGACCAGUUUCCAAUGCAAUCUUUUCAUCACCCUGAAAUCUUUUGAUAAAAUGGCGUCAGAACCUUCAGGCUUACUUUAGUACAGUUACUAUGGGUAGAAAGAACAAAAGUGGUGUGUCUCCUCAGAAUCAAGAAUCAUGUCAUAAGCUAAAUUUCUUGCAUCAGGUAAGUAAAUUUUUUAAGAUUAUUUGUACCUAGCUCAAAUGCUGUCCAAAGCUGAUGGUUUAAUAUCUAACUGCUAAACAAAUACACUUUUAUUUUGAUUUAACCACUAUUUUCUCAUAAAAACAAAUGUUUGUUAAUUAUUCUACAGGCUUCCCAUGUAGUGCUGGCCAUCAACCCAGAAAAUGUGGAAAUGUCAAGAUUUUAUGCAAGCACAAUGAAAUCAACAGCUCAAAAACUGGUGUUUAAAUUGUAUGUGUUUUAAAUCAGCACUUUAUUGAUAUAAGAAUAUGGUUGGAUGGUAUGGAAAACCUAUAGGAUUAUCAUUUGUGUUGGAUCAACGCUAUUUAAUUUAUGUGGAAUGUUGAAUUGGGGGCUGCAUUUUCCAGCAAACAAAUAAUAAGACUACUCACUAGUCAGACAGAGGUUGUUAUUGUGAUCUUAACACUAAAUUCUCGUAGCUAAUUUACAAGGAAAUGUGUUGUAUUUGGAGGGGAAGAAUUAACAAUCAGGUCUUGGGAGUUAAAGGGUUAACUGAUCAAGAAACUUAAGGUCAACACUGGGUGAAACAGUCAUGUAAUGUUUUCAAUGCUGGAUUCUAUAUUGAAAGGUUUGGGUUCUACCCCUGUCAGUGUCAUACUGUUGUGUCCUUUAGCAAGACCUGACUGACUAUUUCCAACAAGGAGUUUAAAGGUUGUGAACCAUCAGGGGAACCUUACAAAAUUCUGGGCAUAAGCAGGAAGUAAACUGCCAUGUACAAGUAUAUCAUCCAGGAAGAAUUGCUAUUGCAUUGUUUUUCUAUUCCACUGAAUUAUUUGUUGUUUCUAUUGAAUGAAAUUAGUUUAGUGUGAGAGAUGGCAACAAAAAUGUCACACAACAGAGAGUUUUUUCUUUUAAACUUUAGCAGAGAAAACAGCCCUGUUACCUUAUUUUAUCAACCUCUUACUUAAAGUAACAAUCACUUUAUUUUAAUACAUUUGGUGUGUGUAACCGAACUGUUUUCUUUUGUCAGGGAUCCAAGCAUCAAAAGGACUAUUUGCAAGCACUGUCAUGUUCUUCUCAUUCCAGGAAUUACAGCAAGAGUCAGAGUCAGACGUAAGUUGGACUAACAUCUUGAGUUUCUACAUGAAAUGUAGAAUAUGUUUACCCUGUGCUUUUUUACGCAAAAAAUAACCAUCGAUGCUUGAAGUGUUAUUUUCCAAGGAAGCAGUUGUAGUGUUGUGGCAGAUAAAAGUUAUAGUUACGUGGAGAUUUCUACUUUGAUACAUGUUUUUCAAAAAAAUGAGAUAAGCUUUAGUGUGCCAUAUCCAGAGUUUAAUUUGACAAGACUCCAUAUUUCUGGACUUGUAGGUAUUAGGUCUUGGUGUUCUUUUCUUCAGGGAGAAGAGAGAGACACAUUGUGGUUACAUGCCUGGAAUGUCAGACCAUCAAAAGGUAUCUCUGUAGACCUAACCAUGUUUUGUGGAGUGAAAAACACAAUACCACCAAGCAGCAAGCUAAUGACAAUGAUGAGGUUGUGCAAGAAAAUCAAAAGGAAAGACAGGAGAAGAGUUAAUGAUUGUCAGUCUUGAGAAAAGGAAAAGGGGCACUCUCCAUUUUUUUACUGCAAGGUUGGGGAGGAUUUUCUGUCUGGAGGAGCAGAAAGAUUUUUCGACCAACAAAAUUGAACAGGACAAGUGUGAUCCUUCUGCAUAGAGUUUACUUUUUUCCUUUUUAGAGCAUACAUACUCAAGUGUGCAUGAACAGAAGCCAACAACUGGAUAAUUUAUAAUGGCGUGUGUUUCUAGUGAAUAGAAGCAAACAGUAAAGUAAAUUUUGCUGUUUUCCAGUCAUCUCAGAUGUUAGAAAUGACAAUAUGCAUUACAUCAUAAACAUGUGACACACAUCACAAAAGUAGGAACACAUCACACUUUAGUGGUCUGGCCACCCAAGAUGAUAGGUGGCCAGUUCCAGAUGUUCUUUCUGUAAAACAGAGUGUAAUAAACAACUGCACCCUUUGUUUUAUUUACUGAACACUUGGAAUGGGCUAGGAUUUUAUUGAGUAUGUUAGGAUUCACAUGACUAUGAGUCAAUGAAAAACCAUUUGCUUGUGAGACAGCUCUGAAAAAGUAAAAGACUGUAGGAUAAAAUAGGAUAAUAAGGACAUUUCUCACCAGGCAUAACUACUUUCACUGUGUGAUCAACUAGUUUGUAUGGAUUUAGGUGUAAGGGAAAGCAAUUAAAAUUUAAGUCAAAUUUUCCUAAGAAGAAAAGAAAAUGAGUUCAGAUGAAAAACAAAAUGUUUCUUAUUUUUUAGUAACAAGUGAAACAUAAUCCUUUGGUCUGACUGCUUCUUUUUGCUUUUGGCAAUUAAUUCCUAAUCUUUACUUAUUCUCAUGAUUUUCUUUCUGUCUGUAGUCUUGCCUGAUUUGUAUUAUUAACUAACACUCGAGGAGUUUUUUCUUCUAUUUUUCGGGUUAACCUAUUAUUAGCAGGUGUUUACACUGAUGCAUUGUAAAUCGUAAAGCGAGUCACUCAUUAGAAAGGUGAAUAAUUGUAAAUAUUGGGAAUCAAAAUGAUUCUAAG